GUUAAAGGCUGGAGUGGACACAAAUGCCGGGAACCGGACCGGGCGAACGCCCUUGGCCUGGGCCUGCAGCCACGGCCACGCAGAGGUUGUCCGAUUGCUGCUGGAGUCCAGAGUCGAUCCAAACCGGCCGAACCUGUCGGGAUGGACCCCGGUGGCUUUCGCUUCGACCCGUGGCCACGUGGAGGUGGUUCGAUUGCUCUUGGAGGCCAGGGUCCACGCAGACACGGAAGAUAUCUCCGGAAGGACACCACUGCUUUGGGCCUCUACCCAUGGGCAUGCAGAAGUCGUUUGCCUUCUGCUUGAAGCCAGGGCAGACAAGGACAAGGUCAGCCACAAGGGCAAAAGCGCACUGGCUCGGGCUGCGCGCAAAGGUCACUCCGAGGUGGUACGCCAUUUGCUGGAAGCCAAUGCUGCCGCCGGUGAUUCGCUCCUUUCUGCUUUGUCCUCGGGCCAUGCGGAGGUGGUGCGGAUGCUAUUGGAUGCCACAUUUUCAUGCGAGUCAUGUGAGCGUGACACGAAGCGGGCGAGGAUCUCGAGCACCUUAGUCUAA